AGUGGUGGCUGGUCCGCCGGUGACCCGACAUCAAGCAUCGAUCGCUCGUCGUCCAGUGGGCCCCGACGGCUGGGAGACUGGGCCGGCGCCUCAUCGAAGGAUCGACGGUUGGAGGCUGGAGGCAUUGGAGGUCUUGGUUUGCUAUCGGCCAGUUGACAGAUAAAUUAUCAUCCUUCACUCGUCAGCCGUCAGACGUUAUUCGUCGGGCGUCAGGUACAACUUCAAUCGUCAGGUAACAAUUUACCCAGCCUUCGUCCGCCAGUCGUCAGUCGUCGGUCGUUUGUAAAUACCUUCCACCAGAAACUUCCUAUUAACCUUCGAUAGCCGAUUGACAACCGUCAACCGUCCGCUACCAACCAUGCCGCCUCAGACCUCCGGGCGGCACUCUCCGGCUCCUUCGGAGAUGACGCGCCUGACGAAGCCGCUGCCGGAGAAGCAGCCUCCCGAGGAGACCAAGCCGGUGGCGGUGCACCCGCCGGUCGACGGCGGUCUGCGCGCCUGGUUGGUGGUACUGGUCAGCUUCCUCUGCAACGGCGUCAUCUUCGGCAUCAUCAACUGCUACGGCGUGCUCUACGUCUCGUUCCUGGAGCAGAUGGAGACGGCCGGCGUGGCAAACGCCGCCUUCAAGUGCUCUCUGGCGGGCUCGCUGUGCACGGGCCUGACGUUUCUGAUGUCGGCUGCCUCCGGCGUGCUGGCCGAUCAUGUGGGCAUGCGCCGCACCGCGUGCUGCGGCGCCCUCAUGGCCUUCACCGGCCUCCUCGUCUCGGCGUUCGUCUCCGGUCAGUUCGAGGCGCUGCUGGUGACCUACGGGCUGCUGCUUGGCACCGGUGCCUCGCUGGUCUACACCCCCUCACUGGUGGUGCUCGGACACUACUUCGAGCGCCGGCUGGGCCUGGUGAACGGGCUCUGCGCCAUGGGAUCGUCCAUCUUCACCGUCAUCAUGCCCUUCGUCAUGACGUCCCUGCUGGGCUCGGUCGGCAUCAAGGGCACACUGCUCGUCCUGGCAGGCCUGGUGGGCGCUCUGGUGCCCCUGGUGCUCCUGUUCCGCGCUCAGCACGCGCACGGCGGACCGACGGGUGACCCGCGCCCCAGCUGCUCGCCGGCAUGGAUCUGUAGUCAGCUCAUCAACGUUCACAUCUGGCGCAACCGUCGCUACCUGGUCUGGUCCAUCGCCGUGCCGCUGGGCCUGUUCGGCUACUUCGUGCCCUAUGUGCACCUGGUGCAGUACGUGCGCCAGUCGUUUCCGGCGUGGGACGGCACGUGGCUCGUGCCGUGUCUGGGUGCCACGUCCGGCCUGGGACGGCUGGUGUUCGGUAGGAUAGCCGACAUGCCGCGCUUCAACAAGAUCGUCCUCCAACAGGUAUCGUUCCUGGUGAUUGGCACGCUGACGGUGACGCUAGCGUUCUGCCGGUCGUUCCCGCUGCUCGUUGCCAUCGUCCUGGCCAUGGGUCUGUUCGACGGCUGUUUCAUCUCACUGCUGGGACCGAUCGCCUUUGAGCUGGUCGGCCCGGCCGGCGCUUCGCAGGCCAUCGGCUUCCUGCUCACACUCUGUUCGGUUCCGCUCACCGUCGGACCCCCAGUGGCCGGUAUGCUGUACGAUCACACGCAUUCGUACCAGACGGCGUUCGUGUUGGCCGGCUGUCCGCCAAUCCUGGCCGCUGUGGCCAUGUGCCUCAUCCACCGGAUCGCCGCGCCCCUGCCCGACGCCGUCCAGCAGCGCAAAAUGUCCGCCGCACACGCAGACGGCCACGAGCACCAUGAACAGCUGCCGCAGUGUGAGCAGCUGCUGGGUGCCGCCUCGCACGCCGUCUAGCGUCCGGAGACAGAAGCUGCAGUUCAGCCGUCGUCCGCUCAAAGUCCGAGCUGCUCUGAUGACAUCAACGGAUCUUGGUGACGUCAACAGAGUUUGAUAACGUCAACAGUCGAACGAUGUGUCCUCAAUGGGGUGAAUGGAAAUGAGUUCGCGUACGCAAAUGACAUGUGUGUAUUUUUAUGUGAAAGCAUAUCAGUGCUUCCAGGGCUAGCAUAUAUUGCUAUCAGAGUUGUUACUUUGCCCUUUUACUUAUUAAUCCCAUUGUCCACCAACCAAACAAUUCCCUCUUAGUUCUAGCUCGGUACGUGCUUAAUAUUUAUUUUCGUACCUUAGAUACCGACAGGAUGCUAUUUCUUCGAGAUAUUAAAAGAAAGAAGCAUUUAACACCCUUUUAUAGAGAUUCCCAGCCUCAAUCCCUGUCCCCCUGCUCCAUCGACCCAACCCAACGUGUCUGUUUGUCAAAGGAUAAGAACCUAUAUUUGUUGUUUCUGAGAGUAUCACAUCCGAAAGGGUAGGUAAGUACAAGACUGUACACUGUAAGUAAAGGACUGUACACUGUCCAGUGUCCAAUGCCCACGUAUUUAGACAAGGAGGUCAAUUUAUGAAUAGCCUCGUCGCUUUUCGGCGCGCGCAUUGCUUCCCUUAGACGCACAUCCCAUAGGGCCCAAGGAUCUGUUACAUCCGUAUAACUAAUGCAGGCACAGGGGCAUGAUCGAAAUGAUCCCCUAUUGACUAGGAAAAAUAAACGGAUAAUGGAAUUAUGUCUAUAAAACAUAUAAAAACGAUUACAAGCACACAGGCUGAAGCGCUCUGGGACUGAGCACUUAAAGGUGCCUGUAAGGACCGAGUUUAAUGUCCAUAGCCCGUUCGGUUUGAGAAUUGUUAUCGAGGUUAACUGGAUUAGGUUAACACUUAAUUGCAACGUAAACACAUGUGGGUAUGUGUAAUUGCAAUGAGUAGUGACAACCUUUAUGACGAAUUGGCCGCUGGAAGUUGAUAUGUGCUUGCAUGACUCUCGUGUGUGACGUUACGAUGUGACAAAACGCUUUUUCAGCGUAUAUUUUGUGUCCUUAUAAGAUGUGUGCAACAAUGAUGAUGCCAUGUAGACAAAUAAACGAUGUCCAAUCUUUA